AUGCAUCCGACCACCCCACAAUCCCUCUCUCGCUUCGACAAUUUCGCUCAUUGCAGAUUAGCUUUACUCCUCCAUGUUCACCAGCGACACGUCGCUGGUGGUGGAUACCACUUCACCAUGUGGACGAUUAGGUUCCUCUCUACCAUCGUCAGCGGCAGCUCGUGCUAAUGCAAUACUGUCGCUGUCUACAUUCAGAAGCAGGCUUGGGACGGAAAUGAACGAAAUCAUCCCAAAUUUGUACCUUGGCAGUCUUCGUGAUGCCAUUGAUGCUGAACAGUUGAAAAAGCACCGCAUAAAAUAUGUUGUUUCUGUGCAUGAUCUGACAGCCAGUCAUCCAGCGCAUGAACACUUGAAGGUGCUUCGAAUACAACUUUCUGACUGUUCAUCGUCUGAUAUUUCAUCUCACUUCUCGGUUACGAAUCAAUUCAUUCAUAGUGCCAGAUUAAAACACGCUGCAGUUCUCGUCCAUUGUCUUGCUGGCGUGUCACGGAGUGCUACUGUCGUAGCCGCAUAUUUAAUCACUGUCUGCGAUCUUUCAUUUCUCAGUGCGCUUUCGCUUAUAGCGCAAAAACGCCCCAUGAUCAGUCCCAACUUCGGCUUCCGAAUGCAGUUAUGUACCUACGCUGACCGGGUGAGUUCCUGA